AAAUCUAAAAUAACCGAAAAAACAGAAGAAAAUACCCCCAAAUUAGUUUGGAAGAGAAAAGCGGGGAACGCGAGUACGGGUGAAGAAACACGAAACAACUCAAAGAUUUUGCAGAUUGUUUACAAUUGCAUUCUAUUUAAUACUCCAAGCUAUCAGUCCAUCACCUUUGCUAUUUCUGAAGCAGACAGAGUUUCCGACAUUAAUUCUAGUAUUCGACCUCACUCGAACCUCAAUUCCUAGAGAGACAGAGUUAGAGUCUCGGUGACUGCCUCAAUCGCUGAACACUCAACAAUCAGCAUCAACGGUUCUGAAAAGUAAAAACUGUAACACCAACAGAUGAAGUGGUGGAGUUUGCCUCAGCAACAAGCACAUCAAAAUCCAGCAACAGAUUAAGUGGUUUGGUUCCGGCAAUUACCUAUUUCAUUGCUUGUCAAGCAAAGAGAACUUAGAAGGACUAGCCUCAAUUCCGUUGCUCAUGGCUGGGUUGGAAGAGUUAAAAAAAAAGCUUGUACCAUUGUUUGAUGCUGAAAAGGGCUUCUCCUCUGGAUCAACUUUGGACCCUUCUGAUUCUUAUAUGCUCUCGGAUGGUGGAACUGUUAACUUACUUAGUCAGUCUUAUGGUGUAUACAACAUUAAUGAGCUUGGACUACAGAAGUGCACUUCACGGUCAGGGGAAGACUCGGAUCAUGGUGAGAAGACAUAUAAGUGUGCUUCCCAUGAGAUGAGGGUUUUUGGAGCCAUUGGUAGUGGUGCAAGUAGUGUUGUUCAGAGAGCUAUUCAUAUACCGAUGCAUAGAAUUAUUGCCUUGAAGAAGAUUAAUAUAUUUGAGAAGGAGAAAAGGCAACAACUGCUUACUGAGAUAAGAACAUUAUGUGAGGCACCAUGUUAUGAGGGUCUUGUUGAGUUUUACGGAGCAUUUUACACUCCUGACUCUGGGCAAAUCAGCAUAGCAUUAGAAUAUAUGGAUGGGGGGUCCCUUGCAGAUAUUAUACGAGUGCGCAAACAGAUACCAGAAGCUGUUCUUUCUUUAAUGGUUAAAAAGCUCUUGCAUCAGGGAUUGAGUUACUUGCACGGAGUUAGGCACCUAGUUCACAGAGACAUAAAACCAGCAAAUUUGCUAGUAAAUCUAAAGGGGGAGCCAAAGAUAACAGAUUUUGGCAUAAGUGCUGGGUUAGAAAAUUCCAUGGCCAUGUGUGCCACUUUUGUUGGAACUGUUACAUAUAUGUCACCUGAGAGGAUUCGAAACGAAAAUUAUUCAUAUCCAGCUGAUAUUUGGAGCCUUGGUCUUGCACUUUUUGAGUGUGGUACUGGAGAAUUUCCAUAUACAGCUACUGAAGGACCAGUUAACCUUAUGUUGCAGAUCCUCGAGGAUCCAUCCCCAUCACCACCAAAUGACAUUUUUACUCCAGAAUUCUGCUCAUUUAUUGAUGCUUGCUUGCAAAAAGAUGCAGAGGCAAGGCCAACAGCAGAACAGCUCCUUUCUCACCCAUUUGUUAGAAAGCAUGAUGAUUCCAGUGUGGAUCUAGCAGUAUUUGUCCGUGGCAUCUUUGAUCCAACACAGAGGAUGAAGGAUCUGGCAGAUAUGCUGACAAUGCACUAUUAUUUACUUUUUGACGGACUUGAUGAACUUUGGCAACAUGCAAAGUCCCUGUACACUGAAAGUUCAGUUUUCAGUUUCUCUGGGAAAGAAUCCAUCGGUCCAUAUGAUAUAUUUAAGGCGUUGUCCAGCAUCCGGGGUACAUUAGCUGGGGACUGGCCUCCUGAAAAGCUAGUUCACAUCGUUGAGAAACUACAGUGUCGUGCCCAUGGUGAAGAUGGAAUCGCAAUUCGUGUGUCAGGAUCUUUUAUCAUCGGGAACCAGUUUCUGAUAUGUGGUGAUGGUAUACAAGUUGAAGGCGUGCCAAAUUUUAAAGAUCUGUCUAUUGAUAUACCUAGCCAGCGAAUGGGAACAUUUCAAGAACAGUUUAUAGUGGAAGCAGGGGAUGUGAUUGGCCGCUACUUUAUAGCUAAGCAAGACCUGUUUAUAAUUCAGUAGCAACUCUUUCCUCCAAGUUGAGUUGAUAACUUUUAGCUGUCACCACUUCUAGUACAUCCUUAAUCACCAGAGGUGAUGCAGGAAUUUAUGUUCCCAAUUAAGAGGUCUACAAUUUAAGUAUAAGCAUGCACUGUUCCUUUUAGCUACAAAACAUAUUUCAGUCUACUAACAAUUUUCAAAAGACCAUAUGACAAGAUCACUUAAUUUUA